UUGCAUCUUAGGUCUGUUUUUUAUUAGGUCUAUUCUUUCCGGCUGAAGUUUUGCAUCAAUUCAUCUUUCUUCCUCUUCUCCUGAAGAGAAAAAGAAGAAAGAUGAAUUGGUGCAAAAAUUCAGUCAAAAAGAACAAGCCAUUGCACUAUGUGCACCAGUUCAUAGAGUGCAACAAUAAAAAAACAGGUCUAUUAUUUUGACAAAGAUGUAUAAUCGACUCCCAAGCCGUAUUAUUUGUACCUCCGUUUAUUCCAUUGGAGGCAAGAACUAUUAAUUAAGAAGAAAAAGAAGAAAGAAAAAAAACGAGAUGGUGGACAGGAGGGAUAUCUCUCUUAGAAAUCUCAGGAUUAUCAGGUGCUCGAGAGUUCGAAUGUAUAGACAGUAAUGACUUGUGGAAUGUAUAGACAAUAGUGUUUAUUAUCUAAUGUAUCUAAUUUCAUCAAAAUCGGAGACAAUUACGUGGAAAUUUGACUGGAAUAUUGAUAAAAUAUUGCAUCUUAGAUGAGUAAUGAGACCUUAUCUCCAAUAAAAAUACAUUCACUGGAUAUCUUGUGAAGAUCAUAAGAUUAUAAUGAAGAUAUAGAACACAAAAAGAAAAUAUUUACACAGAAACACAGAGAAAGUUGACAUGGAUAUUCAAACAUUUGUAUUUUUCGAUUUGGAAACAACUGGACUGAUCCAAGAAAAUGUCAUGCCAAGAAUUACAGAAAUUGCUUUAGUCGCCGUCUCGACAGAAUCAAUACGUAAUGGUAACAAAAAUUGCCUGCCGAGAGUCUUACAUAAAUUGGUACUCCCAGUUAAUCCACAAAAAGUUAUACCAGUACAAGUAGAGCACUUGACAAAAUUAUAUAAUGAGGAUAUGCAGGUACUGCAGCCUUUUAAAAGUGAACUUUAUGAAUUAAUAAUAUACUUUUUGCAACGUCUCACACCGCCAAUUUGUUUCGCAGCACAUAACGGCAACAAAUUCGAUUAUCCAAUAUUCUUAGAGGAACUUAAACAUAUCAAUAAGAUACUUAGUGACGAAAUUCUCUGUAUUGAUACAUGGAAAAUGUUCGACGAUUUCUUUAAGAAAAGAAACUUGCAAUCCACAGUAUUUCAAGAUUUGUUGAACGAUGAAUUCAAUGACUCGCUUUCCACAUUGGAUAUGGAUGUGAUGACGGAGGAAAAAUCCAAAAUUAUUGCAACGACAUCCACUGCGCAAACAAUGUUUGUCUGUGACGAUAAAUGUAUUAAAGCCGUAAAUAUAAAAGUAGAUAAUUGUAACAAUGAUGUCCAAUCGUCAAAGAAUCCUAUGCAAGAGGCGAACGAAAAAACACCAAAGGCUCAAAAAACGAAACCAGAAAAUGUCUUCAUGCAGCGACCAAUCAAGAAAAACAACUUGAAAAAAAGAUUGAAUUUUGAGUUUGAGAGACCAAGUAGCUUAAAACUUAUUGCCAUUCAUGAGCAUAUAGUUGGCAAACACUUUGACGAUCAUCAUACAGCUGAAGCAGACUGUCUCGCUAUGAUACGCUGCGUUAGCAACAUUGCUGAUUUCUUCCUUGAUUGGUCAAAGAAUCAUGCAAUUCCAUUGACUUACUGCAAAAAAAAAAAUAAAACUGUAUAUUAAUUGAUAACAAACAAAUAGCAUGAAAAAAUAUAGUGUAAAAUAAAAUAAAUAUAAUGUAAUGUAAAAUAAAUACGUGUGUUAUCGUGAAGUAAAGUACAAAGCUAAUAUGAAAUUUAAAAUAAUAUUAAGUAUAUUUCUUCCUCCAUAUUGGCAAUGUUGUAUCAAAAAUGAGAAGUUAUCUCAUAAUUCGAUGUGGUUAAUAUGGCAUGAAGGAAGAGUGCCUUAAUUUCAUGCACAAAUGUAAA